CUUCAUGUUGACGUUUGACCGCGUAGCAAGUGAAAGUGUCACGUCAGUAAAAUUGCUGUCAAAUAUCAGAAACAUUUAGUUUUGUCGGCUGCUUUUUAUUAGAAAUUGUGUUCUAGGUUAAAACCUGGAAGAUGGGUGUAAAACCUGCAAUUGGAAGAAAAACUAACAAGAACCCCCCAUUUUUUAGUCACGAAUUUGUGAUACAAAACCAUGCUGAUAUUGUAUCAUGUCUGGUUAUGGUCUUCCUCGUUGGACUAAUGGUACAGUCAACAAGUCCGGUGGCAAGUUUAUUCAUCAGUUUGCAUCACAACGUAACUGGUGCGGAAUCGACGCGAGAUGUACCAAAGGGCGAGUCUUACUCAUAUGAAGCUGGCUGGAAAGACUCCUGUGCGGUGUUCUUUUACUCCUUAGUAUGCAUUGUUCUGCACGCUAUCCUGCAAGAGUACUUCUUAGACAAAAUAUCAAAGAAGUUUCAUCUCUCAAAGUCAAGAUUAUGUUCUCUCAAUGAAUCAGGCCAGCUUGUUGUAUUCCAACUUGUCACAUUACUAUGGGGUGGUGAUGCAAUUCUUCGUGAAGGAUUUAUGUUCAAUAUUUCACAGCUUUGGGAUGGCUACCCAAACCAUCCAAUGAGUUUCUUGCUGAAGUUAUGGUGGGUGGUUCAAGCUUCUUACUGGAUCCACACAAUUCCGGAGCUAUAUUUCCAGCGCAUCAAGAAAGAUGAAUGGUCAGGUCGCAUUAGACAUGCUGCUGUCGCCUUGGCGUUUGUCGGCCUUGCAUAUGGCUUCAAGUUUCAAAGAGUAGGAGUUUGUCUUAUUGUUCUUCAUGCUUUGGCUGAGUUUGUUGCUCACAGCUACAAGCUCAACUCCAUCCUACGGGGCGAAAGGGAAGACUACUUAGACCAAUUGCUUGGCGUGCUAAAUGGUGCUGUGUUCGUGACGGUGCGUCUGUGCUCGCUCGUGCUGGGCGUUCUCACGUUCUACUUCGGCGUGGCGGACGCGGCGCCAUUACUGCUGCGAGUUGCCGCUCUCUGCCUUUUAGUCUCAUUCCAGGUUUACCUGAUGUUCAACUUCAUCUCGGAAGCUAUCAAGCAGCGUCAAGAGGCACGCCAACUCGCCCAAAGCCGGCCUAAAAAGGAAAAGAAAGAGAAGCCUAAAAAAGAAAAAGUGAAGAAAGUCCACAACGAAGAUUCCGACCUUCCUGAAGUGGACCAGAACACCAACAAGACGCUCCGACAGCGACAAGCCUCUACAGUCAAGACAAAGUAAAUAACGCACACUGCCCUCUACUUAGAAGUAAUAGAUUGUCCCCUUCCAUUCGUAUGUACUGUAAACUUUUCAUUUAUGUCUCCCCUUAAAUACAUUUUACUAUAAAAAGUUAAUUGUCCAUGCACAAAAGGAACUGUGUGUUGUAAAAUUAUUUAAAAAUAUUAUUCUUAGUAUAAUAGUUGAUGUCAUAAUAUUAUAGUAAACG